CUGAGAGCUACUGAGAAUGGAUUUGGAAUAUUUGAGUUUUAUGAGACGCUUUACUGCAAUGGUGGUGAUCUGGCGGAUUACUUACAAGCCAAUCGUCUCUUGAGCGAGGGUACUAUCAGAACUUUCCUACGUCAGUUGGCUGAGGCGAUGAGAGCUAUCCACGCCAAGGGCAUAGUUCACAGGGACCUCAAGCCGCAGAACAUACUCCUCACACACAACGUCAUGCCGCCAAGGACGCCACAUCCCACUGAGAUUACUCUCAAAAUUGCGGAUUUCGGUUUCGCAAGAUUCCUAGAAGAAGGAAACAUGGCAGUUACACUCUGUGGAUCUCCUAUGUAUAUGGCGCCAGAAGUGAUAAUGUCUCUGAAGUACGACGCCAAAGCUGAUCUAUGGAGUUUAGGUACCAUAGUGUACCAGUGCUUGACUGGUAAAGCGCCCUUCCAAGCGACCACGCCCCACGAAUUAAAGGCAUUCUAUGAGAACAGUGUGGAUUUACAACCAAAAAUGCCGUCCGGUACAAGCCCCGAGCUCUGCAACCUUCUGAUUGGUCUCCUGCGUCGGAAUUCUAGAGAGAGGAUGCCGUUUGAGGUGUUCUUCAACCAUCCGUUCCUUCAGCGUCCGAGGACCACGUCAAUAACUAGUUUGGACACGGAUCUCAAUGACAUAUUGGACUGCGAUAUAGGCUGUAUACUAGAAGAAUCAUGGGAAAAUCAGGAGACAAGUUCGAGCAGUAUGUUACCCACGACGUCAGUGGCCCGCGCUCCUAUGUCGCAACCGACGCUGCCUCAGAUCGGAAUACUAUCAGGGGCGCAACCAACGGUCGAAACCAGACAGCAACCACAACCCGUCAAUCAGACAACCAAAAAACAGCCCACUUCAUCAGCUGAUUCGUCGGAUACAAUGUGGGCUGGUGCUGAGGAUUUCGUGGUUGUGGAGGCUGAGAGCGGCUCCGCUGAUGGAUCACACACAUCACAUACAUCACACGGCUCCUCCUGCUCCAACGGGUCCAGCGAGGCUGCGCCCCGGCCGAGGUCCCUCGCCCUCCCCGCGCCUCCGCCCUCGGACCGAAGCCCCGCCGCCGGGCCGGCUCACACACACGCACCCACACAGACCAGAAAUCCCCUGAUCGCGCCGUCGUCCGUGCCAAGAUCACAGCCCAUAGACGUGCUACGUUCUAACCACAAUCGAAACACGAACAUUGGCUCACUAUCGCCGCCAACUGUUCCGUUCACUAUGGGGACUCCCCCUUCGACUCGUCGACGAAGUGCUUCAGGGAGUUCCCCUCCCCCCUCGCUGUGGCAAGUCUCACCUACUAACGCCAGCCCGCUCAGACGAUCAGGUUCGUCUCCGCCGGUGUCCCUAGCGUUGAAGGCUAGCGGUGAGUCGUCUCCCAAGCGCGCGUUGCCCGACGCGCUGCUGAGAGGACUCAAACUGCACCACGAUCCGCCUGUGUAUAUACCUAAUCUACAGGAGGAGACUAUAUUGGCUGAGGAGCACAGUAAGGUAUUCUCUCAGUUAAACUUCGUGUUAAUGUUGUCGGAGCUUUUGUCCGACCUGGCGCUGUCCUGCGGGGCUCCGCUGGCGGCCCUAAUGGACACUUCUGACGAGCGUUGUAACGAAAGCGUCCGCCUGGGUCUACUAGUUCAAGCGAUGCAGGCGCUAGCCGCCGGCUUGAGGCUCGCCGCAGCACAUUAUAGGUCACGGACGCUACAACCCACACCGCAAGUUAGAAACGUCGUGGCGUUAAUGAACGGCAAGUACAAAUGGAUCGUGAACGAGUCGCGUCGCCUGCACGAGGCCGGCGUGACGCCCGCUGUCUGUGAUAAAAUACUCUACGAACACGCCAUCGAACUGUGUCAGAUGGCAGCCAUCGAGGAGUUGUUCGGUGACGUGAAGGAGUGUGAGCGUCGCUACAUGUCGGCGCAGGUGUUGCUGCACUCGCUGGUGCAGAGACACCCGCUGCACCCGCACCACCGGAACACGCUCUCCAAGUAUAGAGACGCAGUCCAGCGGCGGCUCAACUGCCUCAAGGGGCCGCGGAAAAUUAUGGACGUUAAGUUAGAGGCUGGGAUCUCAUAA